GCCCUGCAUCACCUUUUUUAAUACACUGGCUUGACUAGUAGUUGGGACUUGGGAGUUUGACCUUGGGAUACCAUGCAUCGAUCCUUCAUCACAGCCUUACGUAGUGGAAUAUAAGACAUAACCACCCAAUUUAAGGAGCACUACUAAUUAUGUACGUUGGUGGCUCUUUUUGGCUGGACAGACCAAAAAUCCAUGCAAUAAUCCACUACCUGAAUAAGCCAUAGGGCCAUCAUAAUUAAACAUUCCACCGUACCUCCCCAGUACCAACUAACUGCAUCAAUUUAUUACGUUCAUACGUGCGUACGUAGAUUGAUUCACCCUCACAAUUUUGCACUACGACUCUCCCUAUAAAUUCCCGCCUUUUUGGCCUACUGAUAAUGUAGUACACUUACCACGCACUCAUGAGCUGAGUAACGAGCAAAAACAAAGGGGGAAAAAAAAAUAUUUAGAUCGAUUGAAGUUUUUUGUUCGAUGGAGAAGCGAAUAUUGAAGUUGGCGGUGAUGGUGUGUGCAUUGGUUUUGACGUCGUGGAUGGGGAUGGCGCAAAGCCGCAAGAUGGAAGGAGAAGAGGCUGCCUCGUUCUCUACUACAAGUGUAGGGAGGUCCAACGUUGAGCGUCCUCAGAGUUUCUUUGGUGGUAAUGGCGGCGGUGGGGGCGGGUUUUCGUUGGGUAAAUUGCUGUGUGAUCAGUUUUGUUCUGGGCCCGGCGGCGGUGCUGGCGGAGGAGGAGGUGGUGGAGGGGGAGGCUAUGGAAGUGGAACUGGCGGUGGUACUGGUGGAGGAGGAGGCACUGGCGGCGGUACGGGCGGCGGUGGAGGAGGGACUGGUGGUGGUGGUGGAUAUGGACAUGGAAAAGGCGGAGGAACCGGCGGUGGUGGAGGUACCGGCGGUGGCACCGGUAGUGGUGGGGGAGGAGGCACUGGUGGUGGUGGAGGAACCGGCGGAGGUGAAGGAGGAGGAACUGGUGGCGGAUAUGGGCAUGGAACCGGCAGUGGUGGAGGAGGAGGCACCGGGGGAUCACCUGGAGGUGGCGGCGGAAGUGGUUCAGGAGUUGGUGGUGGAGGAGGCGGCGGUGGAGGUGGCGGCGGUGCUGGAGGAGGUUACGGAGGCGGUGGUGGCGGAUCUGGAGGAGGCAGCGUCGGCGGUAAAGGAAAAGGCCAUGAUGAAGGAGGAGGAGGAGGAUACGGAGGAGGCAGUGGUGGGGGAUCAUCUCAUGGUGGAAAAGGUGGUCACGGUGGUAAAGGUGGAGGUGGUGGAAAAGGCGGGGGAGGGGGCGGUGGUGGUGAAGGAGGAGGAGGUGGAUAUCCCGGCGGUUCUCCUGCACUCUGUCCUCCCACGGUUCCCGGAGGCGGUGAAGCGCCAAACCCUCCUGUCCCCGGUGGUGGUUACGGUGGCGGAGAUGGUGGUUCCAAAGGCAGCGGCGGCAACGUUCAUUGAGGCGGCGGAGAUGCUUUUAAUUAAUUUUUGCUUAUAUGUAAUCAAGGAAUCAGCGAAACUUGUGGUUGUGGUGCGUGCAACUUAUUAUCCGCCGAUGAUUAUGUAGUAUAGCAUUAUCAAUUAACCCUCUAAAUAAAAUCAAUAUAUUAAACUACAUGAAUAUUUUUGGGAGAUUAGUAUUCCAUGGCCGAGUUAUUAUCGAAGGGACGACGACAAAGCAUUAGCCGUGUAAAACCUUUAACUAAGGCUACGAAAGUAAACCUUAAUCACGUCCAUCCAAAUGACCAAUUAAGUGAUGCUUAUGCUGGAAAUCACUGGGGAAGAAUUCAUUUUUCUUAUCCUUCUAGCCAAACAGCGAGCCACUGCUUGGCAUCAAUGAAAUCGAUGGACAUGUAUUCCUCUGCCUCCUUCUCCCGUCCGCUGUUUGGCCCAUGGAACGCGUUUGUCCUUCUCAGCUCCAGGCCCAUAGCAAUGGUGUUCAGCUUGGAACAGAUUCUUGUUUCUGGCCCAAAACAACAGUCAUUUCAUUCUACUAGUAACUAGGGCUGGCGGAUCGGUGUUCGGCUAGCAGUUAACCGCCGGUUUUAACCGAAACCGGUCGAUUUUCGGCUAACCAAAAAUCAUCUGCAUUGUUCCUCGAUCUUUGUUCGGGAAGGUUGGGGAGUGGGGGCGGCCGCCCCACUCCCCAACCCACCCAAAACGACCCCGUCCCCCCAAGUGUAACCCUAAAUCCCUAACCCCCUUCCCUCCUGCAGCCACCUACCUUCUGUUGAAAAUUUAUAUGAAUAGCUUUGAAAGCUAUAGAGUCUCUAGUGGAAAAACUACCACAUUGGUAGUUUUACUUGGUGAAAUGUGUAUAAAGAUAGGAGCCUCUCUCCCAAGGGCAUUGCCCCUUGGGGUGACCCACUUUUGUGAGAGAGGGAGGACCUAACGGACCACCACACACGCGCGCGCGCCCCGUCCGACCGGUCGGUUGGUUGGUUGGUUCACUUGAGACUAUAUAUUUUUGGAGAAAUUCCGAACGAAAUUAAUUAUCUAAUAAUUAAUUAUUAAUCGGUUAUUCUGAGGUAUAUUCCUAAGGAUAAUCGACUAAAAUGGAAUAUUCGAA